AUGCAGCAAAAUUAUAACAAUGAGGUGACCGGAUGGCCUGAUGCGUGUCCGGCCAAACAAGGCCUCUACGACCCCUCCAACGAGCGCGAUUCCUGCGGGGUCGGGUUCAUAGUCAACAUCAAGGGCAUUUCCUCCCACGCGCUCCUCCUUGACUCCCAAUCCCUCCUCUGCAAUAUGAGCCACCGUGGAGCCACGGGCUCGCACGAGCACGACGGCGACGGCGCCGGAAUAAUGACAUCCAUGCCACACGGCUUCUUAACCAAGGCGUUCCAUAUCUUGGGAAUCAAUGCACCCAUGGAGCAUGGGCACUACGCUGUGGGCAAUGUGUUUAUGUCUACGGAUAGCGAUGAGAGGCAACGGGCGCAGAAGCGGUUUGAAGCCAUAGUGCGCGAUGUUGGUUUGAUUGUAGCUGGCUGGCGGCGGGCUCCUGUUUUCUCAGAGUGUUUGGGCCCGGUGAGUGCCGGCGGCGAACCUUGGGUUAUGCAGCCCCUGGUUGUUUGCUUGGGCGCGUGGGUCGGGGAUGUGGAAAUGAAUAGGAUGCUGUUUUUAAUUAAAAAGCGCAUCAGGCCCGUGGUCGGAUAUCUUUGCUCACUGGAUACGCAAACUCUGGUGUAUAAGGGGCUGUUUUGCCCAUGGCAGCUGUUUGAGUACUAUGCAGAUUUGAAAGAUUCCACGUAUUCAACGCAUUUUGCCUUGGUGCAUUCGAGAUUCAGCACCAAUACGUUUCCGUCCUGGGAGCGCGCACAGCCGUUCAGCCUGUGUGCGCACAACGGCGAGAUCAAUACGCUGCGUGGAAACAAAAACUGGAUGCGAGCUCGAGAGGGUCUGCUCAAGUCGGACUUGUUUGCGGAUGAUCUCCAGUCAGCGUUCCCGAUUAUUGACGAGUCCGGGUCGGACAGUGCGGCAUUCAACAACGUAUUGGAGCUGCUCACAGCCAGCCAGGCGUUUUCAUUACCAGAGGCUCUAAUGGUGAUGGUUCCGGAGGCGUGGCAAAACGACGCGCAUAUGUCCGCGGCCAAGCGCUCGUUCUACGAAUGGGCGUCGUGUAUUAUGGAGCCCUGGGACGGGCCUGCACUUUUUGCCUUUAGCGAUGGCAGGUACUGCGGCGCACAGCUGGACCGGAAUGGGCUGCGGCCCUGCCGGUACUAUAUUACCCGGGACGACCAAAUGAUCUGCGCGUCAGAGGUGGGGGUGGUGAGUGUUGCGCCAGAAAAGGUCGUGCAGAGAGGAAGGCUGAUUCCCGGCAGGAUGCUCCUGGUGGACACGCAGUUGGGCAUUGUGGUGGACGACGAGUUGAUGAAGGAAAAUAUCGCGGGGACGAGGCCAUUUUCGCAGUGGAUAGAGCAGCAGCAAAUCCGCCUUGAGCACUUCGAGAGCACCAGCGACGAUAUUCUGAUCGACAAUAUUCCGCUGUCAGCUGACUGCCGGAUGGCAGCGUUCGGGUACUCAGCGGAGCAGCUCGAUCUGAUUCUGGGACCGAUGGCGCUGCACGGCAAGGAGCCGCUGGGAUCCAUGGGCAAUGAUGCGGUGCUGGCAUGCCUGGAUACCCGGGUGGUGCGACUACCAUACGAGUACAUGCGACAGUUGUUCGCUCAAGUGACCAACCCACCAAUCGACCCGAUUCGAGAGAAGCUUAUCAUGUCUCUGCGCUGCCACGUCGGGCCCGAAAGAAACCUCCUCCAGGUCUCCGAGCACCAAGCGCACCGACUGUCGCUGGACUCGCCGGUUCUCACGCUGCCGCAGCUCGCGGCCAUCCGCUGCAUGGCUGCCACAAAGUACCCAAGCUGGACUACAAAGACCAUUGACAUUACUUUUGAUGCGGCGCUGGGUAUCGAUGGCUACGCGGCUGCGCUGGACCGUGCGUGCGCAGAGUCCACAGAGGCUGUCGAGGAUGGGUGCCGGGUCAUCAUACUGUCCGACCGUCUGGCCGACGACAAACGCGCAGCGGUGUCUGCGCUGCUGGCGCUGGGCGCCGUGCACCACCACUUGGUUGCGCAGCGGCAGCGCGCGCGCGUGGCACUGAUGGUGGAGACUGGCGAGGCGCGCGAAACGCACCACUUCUGCGUCCUACUGGGCUACGGGGCCGACGCCAUCUGCCCGUACAUGGCGUACGAAGUGCUGGCAAAGCUGCACCGCGAGAAUGUCCUGCAAGACUACACCAUUGGUGAGCUGGUCGCAAGGUUCCAGCAUGCGGUGGACGAUGGCAUGCGCAAGGUUAUGAGCAAAAUGGGUAUUUCCACUCUGCAGUCCUACAAGGGCGCGCAGAUCUUUGAGGCGCUCGGCGUUGCCAAGGGCGUCGUUGACCGGUGCUUCCGCGGUACCGUGUCACGCAUUGGAGGCACAGACAUGCGCGGCUUCGCCAUGGCCGCCUUGGUGCGGCACCACCGGGCGUACGGCCAUCACGUAUUGGGCGACGAGGGCGAGUACGCGUGGCGCGCCGGUGGCCAACGCCACGUCAACAUCCCGCAGACGAUCAGCAGCUUGCAGGAUGCUGUGCGGCGGCAGAACGCCGAUGCCUGGCGGCAGUACACAGACGCGGCGGAGCGCGCAAUGGAGCAGAGUACGCUGCGCGGGCGACUCGAGCUGCAUGGCGGCCAGGCCAUUGAUGUGAGCGAGGUGGAGCCAUGGACGGCCAUCGUGCGGCGGUUCUGCACCGGCGCCAUGUCCUAUGGGUCAAUUUCCAUGGAGGCGCACGCGGCGCUGGGCGUGGCAAUGAACCGACUCGGUGGGAAGAGCAAUUCGGGCGAAGGUGGCGAGGACGCCAGGCGCUCGCAGCCGCUGGCCAACGGCGACUGUGCGCGGUCAGCCAUCAAACAGGUGGCGUCGGGGCGGUUCGGCGUCACGAGCCGGUACUUGGCGGACGCCGACGAGCUCCAAAUUAAAAUGGCGCAGGGCGCCAAGCCCGGCGAGGGCGGCGAGCUGCUCGGCACCAAAGUGUCAACGGCGAUCGCACGCACGCGACACACGACCCCGGGUGUCACUUUGGUGUCGCCGCCGCCACACCACGACAUUUACUCAAUCGAAGACCUCAAGCAACUGAUCUUCGACCUGAAGAGCGCCAACCCGCGUGCGCGCGUGUCAGUGAAGCUUGCGUCCGAGAGCGGCGUCGGCGUGGUGGCGGCAGGCGUAGCCAAGGCGCUGGCCGACCACAUUUUGGUGGCCGGCCACGAUGGCGGCACAGGCGCAGCGCGGUGGACUGGCAUCAAGUACGCCGGGCUUCCAUGGGAGCUCGGGCUGGCCGAGACGCACCAGACGCUGGUGCUCAAUGCGCUGCGCGGCCGCGUGGUGCUGCAGGCCGACGGGCAGCUGAAGACUGCGCGCGACGUGGCUGUGGCUGCAUUGCUAGGCGCCGAGGAGUUUGGGUUUGCAACGGCGCCGUUGGUGGCGCUCGGCUGCGUGUACUUGCGACGGUGCCACCAGAACAGCUGUGCCGUCGGCGUGGCUACGCAGGACCCAGUACUGCGCAGCAAGUUUGCUGGGCUGCCCGAGCACGUCGUGCAUUUCUUCCAAUAUUUAGCCGAGGACUUGCGCGUGCUUAUGGCUGCGCUGGGUUUCCGCACGGUGGCCGAGAUGGUUGGCCGCUCCGAGCACCUGCGAGAGCGCGCUGGCGCAACACCAGUCGGCAUUGAUCUGAGCGCGCUGCUGCGGCCGGCGCACAGCAUGCGUCCCGGCGCGGCAACACGUUUUGAGUGCGCGCAGGACCAUGGCAUCAAGCAACGCAUGGACGCGCGCCUAGUGCCGCAGCUUCUGCAGGCGCUGCAGACUGGCAAGCGCAUGGAUGUCUCUACUGAUGUGCACAACACCGACCGCGCGGUCGGCACUCUGCUGUCGUACCAUGUAUCGUGCAUCAAAGGCGCUGAGGGUCUGGCCGAGGGCUCUGUGCGGCUGCGGCUGCGUGGAUCGGCCGGCCAGUCGCUUGGCGCAUUUUUGGCGCCCGGCAUUGCCAUUGACUUGGAGGGCGAUGCCAACGACUACGUCGGCAAGGGUCUGUCUGGCGGCCGGCUAGCCGUGUACCCACAGCGCGCUAGUUCUGAUGUCGACAACAACGUCAUUGGCCUGGAUGGCGCGGCCACCAGCAACAACGUAAUCGUCGGCAACGUGUGCCUUUUUGGUGCAACCUCGGGCGAGGCCUUCAUCUGCGGCUUGGCUGCAGAGCGGUUUGCUGUGCGUAACUCCGGCGCGCUGGCCGUGGUUGAGGGGGUUGGCGACCACGGGUGCGAGUACAUGACCGGCGGCCGCGUUGUCGUCCUGGGCAAUGUCGGCCGCAACUUUGCCGCCGGAAUGUCGGGCGGUAUCGCCUACGUGCUGGCAAGUAACCUGCACAAAAUGUGCAAUGUGGAAUCCGUUGGCCUUGUCGCGGUGCAGGGUGGUGAGGAGGCGCGGUGGCUGAGGCGCACUGUUGAGCGCCACGCAGAAUUGACCGGGUCCAUUAAGGCACGCAACGUUAUCGAGCGUUUUGAUGAGCUGCUUCCCAAGUUCACCAAAGUGUACCCGCAUGAGUACCGCCGGGUGCUCGAGGCAGAGGCCGAAAAAGAAAAGGAGGCAGAAACACAGACAGAGACCAUUUUGCCGCCGGCCUUGGCAGACACGGUGGCGUCGCUGGUGGACAUCGAGGAUGCAAUGGUCGAUGACUCGCAGCUGGCCAAGCGCGUCCAGCGGCUGGACAAGCUGCGCGGGUUUGCCAAGUACCGGCGGCGUACUGACGCGUACCGUCCAGCGCACGCGCGCACAAAGGACUGGCAGGAGAUCAGCGCGCGGCAGACCAAGGCGCAGCUCCAAGUUCAGGCAUCGCGGUGCAUCGACUGCGGCAUUCCGUUCUGCCAGUCCAGCAGCGACGGCUGUCCUUUGGGCAAUGUUGUGCCAAAGUGGAAUGACCUUGUGUUCCGCGACCGUUGGCAUGACGCGUUCUUGCGGCUGAUGGCUACAAAUAAUUUCCCAGAAUUCACCGGCCGCGUGUGUCCGGCGCCCUGCGAGGGCGCCUGUGUGGCUGGGAUUAGCGAAAAACCUGUGGCAAUCAAGGCUAUUGAGGCCGCCAUUAUUGACCAUGGGUGGGAGAUGGGCUGGAUGCAGCCAAGGCCACCCCCAUUGAGAACUGGUCGGAGUGUAGCUGUGGUCGGGUCAGGACCAGCCGGUUUGGCGGCAGCCGAGCAGCUGAACUCCGCCGGCCACCUGGUCACCGUGUACGAGCGUGAGGACCGCAUUGGUGGGCUGCUCGUCUACGGCAUUCCGAACAUGAAGCUGGACAAGCAGCUGGUGGCGCGGCGCGUCGACAAGAUGCGUGACGAGGGUGUUGUCUUUGUCACUGGCGCACACAUUGGCACCGCUGGCCGCCCAGCGGCAGACCUGCUGCAGAGUGCGGAUGCAGUGUUGCUGGCUACUGGCGCAACGUGGCCGCGCGACCUGGCGAUUCCCGGCCGCCAACUGGAGGGCAUCCAUUAUGCCAUGGAUUUCCUAACCACCAGCACCAAGCGGCUGCUGGAUGGCCAGCCGGGUGCUUUUUCGGCCGAGGGCUGCCGCGUGGUGGUCAUUGGCGGUGGCGACACCGGAAAUGACUGCAUCGGCACGGCCGUGCGCCAGGGUGCCCAGAGCGUUGUUAAUUUUGAGCUGAUGCCCAAGCCGCCCACUGAGCGCGCCGUGGAUAACCCAUGGCCACAGUACCCACGCACCUUCCGCAUUGACUAUGGCCAUGAGGAGGUCGUGGCGCACUGGGGCAGCGACCCUAGGCAGUACUGCAUUUCGGCCAAGCGCUUUAUUGGCAGCAGCAGUAGCGGUGGUGAUUCCAAUAGUGGCCGCGUCACAGGAAUCGAGACUGUGCGUGUGGAGUGGACCAAGGGUGAUUCUGGGUGGACCAUGCAGGAGGUGGCUGGGUCAGAGGAGGUCUUUGAGGCCGACCUGGUGUUUCUGGCCAUGGGCUUUUUGGGCCCGGAGAAUUCUGUUCUGGACGAGCUCUGCGUCGAGCGCAUGCCCCGGUCGAACGUCAAAACAGCAGAGGGGUCGUAUGCAACUAGUGUGCCCUGUGUGUUCGCUGCUGGUGACUGCCGCCGCGGCCAGAGCCUGGUUGUAUGGGCGAUCAAUGAGGGAAGACAGGCUGCGCGCGAAAUCGACCAAAUGCUACAGAGGGAAUGUGACCAACAGAUGGUGGUGGGAUUUUCAGACUUGCCGGUUUCUGGUGGUGUUUUGUGCCUCGAACACUUCGAGCCGAUUUUGGAAACAGAAGUGGAAGUCAAGAUCUAG